UCUCUCUCUCUCUCUCUCUCUUUCUCUCUUUCUCGGCGGGUUGAGAAUAAUUCGUUCAAAAAGCCCCCUUUCGACGGCCGCGCAUGGGUCAACUCGCACGCGGAAACGGGCGCAUAAAUGCAUCUCUCUUGAUAACCGGGCGGGCGCAGCCAAUCGAGAAGAUGUCGAGCGAGAAUGACAGCGAGAUGGAUUGCUCGGACUCCGACUGCGGGGAUCCGGGCUAUGAGGACUAUUAUAACAUCCAGCCAUGGGGAGGCGACGUGGAUAACGACGUAGACCCGGAGCAAAACAGGAGAGAUCCUGAGUACGCGGUCUACGAUUGUUUACGAGUCGAACAAGUGGAACGGCUUCUGAAUGAGAGUGUAGAGGUGUUAAGUACUAGCCUUCACGUCACGCCAUCCCUAGCCAAAGUGUUGCUGCACGCACACAAUUGGGCGUCACAGGAUAUUGCCACAAAGUACCGUACCAAUGCUUCCAGUUUAUUAAUUAAUUCAAAGAUUAAGCCUACCCCGGAACAAGUGCCAGGAACAAAGAGUCAGCGGGGCGGCGUGUGUUUGGUUUGCGUCAUGGUUUGUCCUGCAGACAAAUUUGCUACACUCACGUGUGGACAUUCGUUUUGCAAAGACUGUUGGUGUAUGCAUUUUGAAGUACAAAUAACUCAAGGUAUAUCUACUGGUAUAAGCUGCAUGGCACAAGAUUGCGAUGUUCUAGCUCCAGAGGACUUUGUCCUUUCCCUACUUACUAAGCCUAACAUGAGAGAAAGGUAUCAGCAAUUUGCCUUCUGUGAUUAUGUCAAGUCUCAUCCACAACUUCGAUUUUGUCCUGGUCCAAAUUGCCAAAUAGUUUUGCGCUCCAAGGAACAACGAGCAAAGAGAGUCAAAUGUUCAUCUUGUAAAACUGUAUUCUGCUUCCGAUGUGGUAUGGAUUACCAUGCACCUACCGAUUGCAGUACAAUUAAAAAAUGGUUAACGAAAUGUGCGGAUGAUUCAGAAACGGCGAAUUACAUUAGUGCUCAUACCAAAGAUUGUCCAAAAUGUCAUAUCUGCAUAGAGAAGAACGGUGGCUGCAAUCAUAUGCAAUGUUACAAUUGUAAGCAUGACUUCUGCUGGAUGUGCCUUGGAGAUUGGAAAGCACAUGGUAGCGAAUAUUACGAAUGCUCGCGUUACAAGGAGAAUCCAAAUAUCGCGCAUGAGAGCGUUCACGCACAAGCGAGAGAAGCUCUUAAGAAGUAUCUUCACUAUUACGAGCGAUGGGAGAAUCAUAGCAAAUCAUUGAAAUUGGAGGAGCAAACGUUAGAGGGGAUUAAGAUGAGAAUUAAUAAUAAAGUAAUGAAGGCUAGUGGUACUUGGAUAGAUUGGCAACACCUAUUUGAGGCGGCAUCGCUCUUAGCGCGUUGUCGUUACACUUUACAGUACACAUACCCAUACGCCUAUUACAUGGAAUCUGGUCCACGCAAAGAACUGUUUGAAUAUCAACAAGCUCAAUUAGAAGCAGAAAUAGAGAAUCUCUCAUGGAAGAUUGAACGAGCGGAAACAACAGAUCGGGGAGAUCUAGAAAAUCAAAUGGACAUUGCAGAAAAGCGUCGUGUUACUUUAUUGAAGGAUUUCCUCGAGUAAGACAGUGUGGGAUGCGACUGUAAAGACUAAAAGGAUGUGAUUUUGUCUGAGUAUUAUCGGUACAGGGAAUAAUUUAGCAGCACCAUGUCCUCAAUCGUUGUUUGAAUCUGGAUAGAGAUUGUAACAAUAUCAUGUAUAUUAGUAUUGGUUUUAAACUAAAGACGAAUUUUUUCACGUUUCACCAAAAUAAUCUUUAGGAUAACUUGUCUUAUGCAGCGACAAAGACUAGAAUUUACUUAAAUUCCAAAAAUAUUAUUAUGACGAAAUCGAUGAGGAAAGUAUUAACCGUCUCGACGACUGAUUUAUCGAUAAAUUCGAUGAUGAAAGCGUAUAUCCUUUUCCUAGUCUAAGAGUAUUUUUCAAAAGCGCGUCACACGGAACGCUCCCUUUCCUUUUCUCAUUCUGUAUUCACUGAAGUACAUAUACAUAAGACUGCAUUCAACAAAUAAAGUAAUUCAGUAAGCGUUCAAUGAUUUUUUAUUAAAUAUGAUUCUUGUUUUUAAUUAUUUACUGGAUUAAACAUAAAAACCAAUCGUACUAAAGAAUCUGAAGUAAAUAAAAAAACUGGGCCUAUAUUCUUGAACUGUAUCACAUACGAAAAUUUAUGGCCGCUAUUCAUAGUCUAUUUUUAUUUUAAGAUCAUUUUAAAACGGUUUUAAAUAAAGGAAGUCAACUAUAAAUACAAAUCUAUCAUAUAGGUAUACGUGAUGUAUACUAUACUACCAUAGUAUUUUUUUACGCGAUAUUUUUCGAGAAUAAAGCUCCUGAGCGCUCACUGAGCUUUGUCUGCUGAACACAGUUAUACAUUUCUACUGACGCUAAUCGCACAGUUCGAUAGAAGGCACCGUGUAGGAGGUACGAAAAGUAUCAGAGGACCGUACGUCUUCUCUACUGUUCACGAUUCUCUCUCCGAACCUUAUUCGGAGUAUUGUUAAUGCUUAAGAUACGUUUACGCCCAAUGAUCGAUUAAAGAAAGAAAGAAAGAAAAAAAGAAACGGUAGCCUAAUUUAAGUACUCCGGUGCCAAGAGAUGACGGUACUACCCGCCGUGUAUACACUAAGCAGAAUUAAACGUGUACGUCAAGGGAUAGAAGGAGGAAUGCGACGCAUUUUCUAUUAAACUAGAUUUUAAAGAAUACAUGCAACGAUCAAAGAUAUCCGCGACACACCUAGCUGUAAUCGAACUUACAUAUUUUCUAAGCUAUUUAAAAAAAAAAA